GCAAGCUGUUGUUACUUUUUGCGGGAAAGAUCUGUUGACAUGGCCCUAGCUGCUGAAACUAUCUAAAUAACAGGGUGAAAGCAGCCUUAUCAUCACCGCAUGUGACACCGGAUCUCAUGGACGACCAACGCCCUUGAAGGGGACAGAACCCCGGAAUGAUAAAAAUGCCUUUUUGGUAGAAGAGUUCCUUAAAGGAGGGUUACAGUAAUUCAAGUUUCUAGAAGUCUUGUAGUCGGUCGUCAUGGCCAAGCGGGUGGCUGUCAUCGGGGGAGGUGCGGCGGGCCUGGUGGCCACGAAGACGUGUCUGGAGGAGGGUCUGGAACCCACGUGCUUUGAUCGGCGGGACUCGCUGGGCGGACUGUGGGUCUUCGACGAGAAGGUGGAGGAGAACCUGUCCUGCUGCAUGUCCUCGACCAUGCUGAACACCAGCAAGGAGAUUUUGGCCUUCAGUGACUUCCCCAUGCCUAAGGAAUUCCCAAAUUUUAUGCACAACCGGCAAGGUCUCGAGUACCUCCAGAGAUAUGCUCUGAACUUUAAACUCGACAAGUUCACUCGUCUGAGCACUGAAGUGGUGAAAGUCACAAGGGCGGCGGACUUUGUCACCUCCGGGAAGUGGACAGUGAUAAGUAAGAAUCUGAAAAGCAGAGAUACGAUGACCGAGGUGUUUGACGCCGUGUUGGUGUGCUCCGGACACCAUGGUGCAAAGCACAUUCCGAAACUGCCGGGUCUUAAUGAGUUCAAAGGUCAGAUUCUGCACUCGCACGAUUACCGCAGACCGGGCGACGUCACAGGCAAGCGAGUUCUGGUUGUCGGCCUCGGCAACUCCGGCGGUGAUAUCGCUUCAGAAUUGUCCCUCUCAAAGGAGGUGAUCAUGAGCACACGGCGCGGGGCGUGGGUUUUGACCCGACAGGGGACACGGGGCAUUCCUUGGGACAUUGAAAUGUACACUCGCAUUGGCGGGCUCGUGGACAAGAUGCUUCCCGAAUCCUUGUCUCAGGCCAUUUUGGCCGCUUAUUUCUGGGCCAGACUGGACCAUGACAUGUAUGGACUUACAAGCACGGCGCUACCGAAGGGCAUCUCCGGUUUCCUCAGCGACGAUCUGGCCAACAGAAUCCUGUGUGGAAGGGUGAGGAUCCGAGAUGACAUCAAGCGCUUCGCGGAGUCCAGCGUGGAGUUCGUUGACGGGACUGUAGAGGAUGUUGAUGUUGUAAUCUUCGCGACUGGCUACCACAUCCGCUUCCCCUUCAUAGAGAAAGAGGUGUUGGACGUCCAGGAGAACGUUAUGCGUCUUUACAAGAGAGUGUUUCUUCCGGACCUGGAGCACCAGACGCUGGCCUUCAUCGGCUUCUUCAACGUCAAUGGCGCCCUCUGGCCUUUCUUUGAGCUGCAGAGCAGGAUGGCUGUCUACGCAAUGACGGGUGUUAUCAAGUUACCAACCUCUAGAAAGAUAAAAGAGGAUAUCCGAGAGAUGGAAAACAAACGAGCUCAGAUUUCCCCAGACACGCUGCGACAUACUAUCGAGGGGAUAUGGUUUCCCUACAUGGAGGAACUUGCUGAGGUGAUUGGCUGCAAGCCCAACAUUUGGCGACUUCUCUUAACAGACCCCAAGCUCGGACUCAAAGUCCUCUUUGGACCAGUCUUAGGCGCCCAUUAUCGCCUGCAGGGACCUGGACAAUGGUCAGGGGCCCGCCAGUCUAUUCUCACCGCCAUGGACAGGGUUCGCUUCCCGUUUCAGACCCGGAAGAUACCAUCUGGUUUGCCAAGAAGCUUCAACUUGGUCCGGCGUUUGUUGUAUCCAUCCAUCUUACAAAUGCUCGUGUUGUACUUUGCAUUAGUGGUUCUACUAGUGUUGGUUUUCUUUGUUUAAGGCCCAAGCAACUUGACUCUUAUGCGAUACCAGACAGCAAAGAAGUUAAACAGACAAGCAGAUAUAUUAGUAGAUGUGUAGAUAAGUAGUAUUAAGCCAUUGACAACGUGGUUCCUGUACAAGGCUGUCUGUACUUACACACGUUAUGUUGGUUAGACUAAGUACACAUGUGUUGCAUAUGGUGUGAAUAACAAUGAAGAUAUUAAAACAAAUUUCAUUUGAUGUCAAAUUUUAUUAGCUCCCUUUUUUUCAUGCAGUCGCCGAGUGGUUAAGGCGAUGGACUUGAAAUCCAUUGAGAUUUUCCUGCACAGGUUCGAAUCC